AUGGUUCCCUAUUACCAAAGCAGAAAUUCAAUUGAAGAUAUCUGGGGCUCUCGACAGCCCUAUAAACACCAAUGGCCUCAAAGAGAGGAUGCAUAUCUUUUGGAUGAGCCUGAUAAAUGGGUGCAGAGUGCUUGCGUUCUGUGCAGUAAUGGAUGUGGAUUAGACAUUGGAGUCAAGGACGGAAAAGUAGUCGGUGUAAGAGGACGUGUUGUUGAUCGAGUCAACAAAGGCCGUUUAGGACCUAAGGGGCUGAAUGGAUGGACAGCUAUCAAUCAUCCAGAUCGUCUUACCCAUCCAUUGAUACGGAAGAAUGGGAAACUCGUCAAGACGUCCUGGGAUGAGGCAAUGUCACUUAUUGUGGAAAAAGCGAAAGAUAUUCGUCGACGCCUGACCAGCCAUGGAAUCGCCUUCUACACGUCUGGGCAGCUUUUCCUCGAAGAAUAUUAUGCCCUUGCAAUGAUUGGAAAGGCAGGAUUAAAUGCACUUCACAUUGCAGCUGACUGCGUAUAUAGGGAUGGGAAUACCCGUCUGUGCACCGCUACUGCAGCUGCUUCCAUGCGAGAGUCUUUCGGAUCCGACGGGCAGCCUGGAUCGUACGCAGAUGUUGAUUAUACGGACUGUCUAUUCAUAGUCGGCCACAACGUGUCUGCUACACAAACUGUUCUGUGGGCGCGUAUCCUGGAUAGGUUGGACGGUCCCAAUCCACCGAAGCUGAUUGUUGUCGACCCUAGAAGAUCUGAAACGGCAAAAAGAGCUACUGUUCAUCUAGCGCCCAAAAUUGGCACAAAUGUCGCUCUAUUGAAUGGUAUCGAACACCUGAUGUACAAAAACGGUUGGAUAGAUGACGACUGGGUCACAAAACAUACAGUCGGCAGCCAGGAACUUAAAGAAACAGUUGAAAAGUAUACCCCAGAGUUCGUUGAGCAGAUAACUGGUGUCCCGAAAGGAAAGUUGGAGGAAGCUGCUCAGAUAAUCGGCACAACAAAGACGAUGUUGUCCACUGCCCUGCAGGGAGUCUAUCAAUCGAACCAAGCAACUGCAGCCGCUUGCCAGAUUAACAAUAUUAAUCUUCUCCGUGGCCUCAUCGGCAGACCAGGGAGCGGGAUACUGCAAAUGAACGGCCAGCCAACAGCACAGAAUAACCGCGAGGCCGGCUGCGAUGGGGAAUUUCCAGGCUUCAGGAAUUUUCAGAAUCCGAAUCAUAUCAAGGAAAUUGCCGACGUGUGGAAUAUAGACCCUCUACGAGUUCCGCACUGGGCGGAGCCGACCCAUAUAGAGAAUAUGCUGACGUACAUUGACGAAGGGUCAAUCGAGAUGUUCUGGGUAUCAGGAACGAAUCCUCUCGUCAGCUUGCCAAAUCUUACCAUGGCACGAAAAUGCCUUACAAAGCCGGAUCUGUUUGUAAUCUGCCAGGAUAUUUAUCUCACUGAAACUGCUCAGAUCGCAGAUGUGGUCCUACCUGCAGCGCAAUGGGGUGAGAAAACUGGCUGCUUUACGAACGCUGACCGGACAGUACAUCUGUCGCACAAGGCUGUCAAUCCUCCAGGAGAGGCGAGGGCUGACUUGGAUAUCUUUCUCGAUUUUGGGAGGAGAAUGGACUUCAAAGAUAAGGAUGGCAAUGACCUGCUACCUUUCAGUACACCAGAGGAGGUCUUCUGUGCCUGGAAGAAGCUGUCUAAAGGUCGCCCAUGCGACUACAGUGGUCUGUCAUAUGAAAAGCUGACAGGAGGCUCUGGCAUCCAGUGGCCCUGCAACGACACCUACCCUUACGGAAAAGAAAGAUUAUUUGACGACGCCGUCUUCUUCACUGACAUUGACUAUUGUGAAAGCUUUGGUCACGACCUCGAGACAGGUGCGCCGCUUUCCAAAGAAGACUACCAAUCGAUAAAUCCAGGCGGUAGAGCGAUUCUCAAAUCAGCAAAUUACUUUCCUGACCCAGAAGAGCCCAAUGAGAACUAUCCAAUUCGAUUGUCGACGGGACGCAAUGUCUACCAUUUUCAUACGAGAACCAAAACGGGGAGAUCGAAACCGCUGCAGGAAGCUUGUCCCGAACCUACUAUCCGUAUUUCCAAAGACGAUGCUGUCAAGUUCAAUGUUCAAGAUGGAGAUGAGGUGGUGGUCAGAUCGAGGAGGGGAGCGGUUGAGAUGAGAGCCUCAGUUGGGGAUAUCGCUCCAGGACAAGCUUUCAUUCCCUUUCACUUUGGAUAUUUUGAUUCUACAGACGGAAAAUCCAGGGCAGCGAAUGAGUUGACAAUAGAACGAUGGGACCCAAUAUCGAAGCAACCAACCUUCAAGUCGGGGGCAGUUCGCAUCGAAAAGAUCGAGCCAGGACAGGUUAAGAUUCAUGCCCGAGAGCAACACUCUGCAUCUGUUCGGAAAGUCCAGACGGAAAAACCAACGGUACAAUUGGUAAAGCAUAAAGUGGAGAGGACACGCAGGCUUGAGCUGUGGCUCGGGACAAUUUUCGAAGCCAUCCAGAUCCUGAAGGAGAUCUGUUCUCAGCUGAUACCCACGCUCAUCCAUGACAUGGAAAUCCCUGGCGGGAUGAAAGUCAUGGAACGCAUAGCUGAGUCUAUACAGGAACGGCUCGCCCCAGUCAUCGAUACAUACAAGGAACAAAAAGUCUUCGGUGAAUCCGUAUCACGCAGAGUUCGCGACAACCUGUUUCCAGCACUAGAUCGCAACAGUGACCACGAGCCGUACGAAGCCCUGACUGCUCUGCAAGCUUUCUAUAUGUAUCUCUGCCAUAUCGAUGGCCACCUCGUUGCACUGCACCCCGCGAGCCAAGCGAUGUGGGACGAGAACUUCUUCGAGGCAGUCAAAUUCUCUCAACAACAAAUCACGAGGAUGAAGAGUUGGACUACGCAGCAAAUGAAGACUAAGUCCCCGCAGAGACUGCUCGUGCCAAUGGACCCUAUCGACGAGACUGUCGGAAGCGUCUUUGAAGAAGAUGCGCGCAAACUAGCAGACUCUUUGCGUGCGUAG